AUGGAACCAAAGCAUAUUCCGGCUGAGAAUUCCGAAUUUCGACGCACUCAAUCCCUAACUUGCGUGGCUCUUAACGAUAAUGUCGUUCCCUCAACGUCGUAUGGACACGUACAUCGUGCUAAUAGUGAGUCGUUCGGGGCGUCGUCUGCGCACUCAGAUAGUCACACGGAUAGCGGGAUUUGUGAUAGGAUGGUCGAAGGUGAUAUGCUGACAGUGAUGGAGCAAAAAAUUGAUAAGUUAAGUGACAUGUUCCUGGAACAAUGCCGCCUGCUCACGGCCUUGAAGGAGGAGAUUCGAGGCUCCAAGCUGAUGCUGGAGAAGACUGACCUAUCACACAGUCAGAUGCUCGUCGAUAUGCUCAAGACUACUAUUAGUCAGAGGGUCGAUGGUCUGGGCACCCCUAUAUCUGAGAGCGAAGACGGUGAGAAAGUCAACAACCGGGCGCAGGCUCUGCUGAGUGCCAUCGAGAGCAGGAAGGAGGCUUCACUUGACAGCGAGAUUAAAGAAACUCUCGUCAAUUUCCUGCAGAGUGAGGAGCUAAAAAACCAAAUGGUGCGAGCCACCGCGGAGUCAGUGCGUGGUCUGAUCGAUGGGUGCUUCAGUCGCGACAUGUCGAGGCUGUACCUGCCAGUCCUGGAGCGCUCACACCGUCGCCUCAUCGCGCACAUACAAGCCAUCAUAGGACAGGCUUUUGUUGAACUGGAAGAUAAGUUUUCAUCCCUAUUCAAAUCGAUGCUCAAAACGUCAGGGGCGCUUCGUCGCGCAUUGGAGCACCAUCAGCGCCUGCUCGAAGCCACCUCCGACCCUGGCAAGAAUCUGGACAUGACGCUGCAGUGUACCGUUGAAGAAUUGCUUGAAAAAGAGCUAAAGCAAUGGCGACAGAAAGUAGCAGAUAUCCUGUUAAGCCAGUUUCCUUCGAUGUCGCUGCAGAACAUGGAAGCCAGCGUCCUCCCGCCAGCUGCCCCACAAAUGACAGCUAUCGAUCACCUGAUGCAAAAAGCGAUAAUCGACAAGAAGAUUCGAGAUGGCGACGUGAACGGUUCCUUCGAACGCGCCCUUUCAGCAGGUGACCUGUCCUUGGUCAUGGUGGCCUGUCGUGCCAUAGACCCGUCGGAGAUCUUCGGCUCACCCUGCCGGAUCCAGCAGCAUGUCAUACUGUCGCUGGUGCAGCAGUUAGCUACUGAUAUGCUGCAUGAAACUGACUUGAAGUGCAGAUACAUAUCACAGGCCAUAUUAUGCCUGGACGUCCACAGCCGGGAUACUCGCCCUCACCUGCCGCUGGUCGUGGAAGAGGUUCGCAAGCACCUCAAAAAGUUCCUCUCUACUUACCCCAACCACGUCGCUGGCCGACGCAUCAAGUUGAUCGGAAUGGCAGUCAACCAGUUGCUCAUGUAAACUUUGUAACUUUCAGAUUUAUGUGCUUUUUCGAUUUCGAUUUUGUUAGAUUAAACUAAUUCUUUUUCUUCUUUAAUAAACAAUCAAAAUGCAA